CUCGCCUCGACCAACCACUCGCGCGGCGACUUCGCCCCACAACGGACGUUCGGCUACGUUCGAAACACGAAAUUCGCAACCGAAAAAGUUUUACAACUUUUAGUAUCGGUUGCCCUGGCCCUUUAUGACACAAAACUCGUCCCAAACGUCAAAAACAGUGCAGUGAAUACAGUGAAAAGUCUGAAGUGUUGUGUGAGUGAAGUUAACUUUUUUUUGCGAUCACAUUUUACCGUUUCAAUUGAACGUUACUGUUUCGUUCGAUACAAAAAGCGCGUUAAAGUCGCGUUCAUCGCAAGAGGGCCGUAUAUGGUAAAGUUUAUUCUCGGAGGUGAAAGUAGACCUUUGUUAGGUGCAUAAGGACGCAGAGCAACCGCUCGCUGCAUUUUGCGAGGUCGCGCCGAGGCCGUCACCAUGGCAACUGGGGGCGAAACAAACCCCUGAACUAGCGGGCUGGGAGGCGGAUGUCGGGCGGCGGCGCGGGGCUGAUGUCGUGCGUGCGCGAGGGCUCGCUGGAGCCUCCUUACCGACCGCACACCGACACACACAAUCAUGGCGAAGGCCGCACGGGCAGGUUCCUGCGGGGACUGCGUCGCAUGUUCAAGAGGCGAGGGAGUGCGACAAGGAACGCCUCUCCCGACCCUCGCAGCAGCUCUACUGGCGAACUGCUCGCAGCCGAGCGGCAAGCUAGGAGAAAAGAGGGAGCCUACGGCAGUGGCUUGUCGGUGUCGCACGACUCCGUCUUCACCGGCGAGCGCAGCGACGAAUCCAGCGACGAACGCCCUACCCCCCACCUCCCCACUUCUCAUCGGGCGGAGCUAGUGGCAGCAGUGCGGCGGCGCGGGCGCGGCGACGGCAGCGACGACGACGAAGACCUAGGGCUCCCGCGCAGCCCGCCCGCCUCCCCGCCCACCGACAAGGCUGACAAGCGGCACCAUGCGGGCAUAUCGCAGUCAUCCUGCAGCGACGGCUCUCUCCUCAGCGUGGGCUCCUCCGAGAUGGACGAGGACUCCAGCUCCUACCACCACGAUCACUCCAACAGGAGUGACCACUCGGACUACAACUUGUCGGAGCCGGCGUUGGGCGUCGCGCCGCUGUCUCACUCGGCCGCCAAACACAAGAUGGCGGUGCGGCCGCGGCGGACACACGGCGCGCCCAGGCGGAAGAAAACUAAUCCUAUAGCCGCAUCAGCCUUGCCAAUAACGCCCGAACUGAACGAAGAAAUGAUACGAAGCACUACUCCUGAAGUCACCCAUAAAACCUCAGAAGUUGUUACUGAAUCAUUCUCUUCAUCGACCACUACGAAACAUCACAUGAUCGUGAACGCACAGCAUCAGCAGUUGAACCGCGAGCUCACGCGAGUGCUCGAGACUCCGGCCGACACGCGCCUUAAGUCCUCCUCUCUGCCCCCUGGCCUGGCCUUAAGCCAGAUGAUAGGACACUCCCCCGCAAAACUUUCCAUUGCCGAACAAAAUACCCCCAGAUCCUCGAUCAAAAGAUCAAAGUCCAGCUCACAAGGACAAAACCUCAGAGACGACCAUGUAACCACCAGCGAAACCCAGAUCAGCUACUCUCAGGAACGGGUUACAAAAUACAGGUCUGAUAAUAAGUAUGCCGAAGAAUCUUGCCAUGAAAAGAAGUCUAAAUCGGAAAAGAAGAUUGAGAACGAAGUGAUCAGGUCGUCAAAGAAGGAGGAGUCAUUCUUCAGUCGGCUACUUUUAAGAAAGAGUGGUAAAAAAUCGAAGAAAGAUCAGACAGAUGGCGAAGGAGAGACUAAGAAAUCUAAAACUGAAAAGUCCACGGCGCAAUAUAAAACUAUGGAUACGGAAAGGAGCGGAUUUGUUUAUGUUGAUCACGGACAAGGGCACAAACCGGUGCCCGCUGAGAGAACCCACAAAUCUGCCGGACAGAAGGUUUUCGCCAAUCAAAUGCAUAAAAGAAUGGACAAUAAAGGGGCGUACGUCCAAGAGGGAGUCUACAAAGACGUCUACAGCGCGGUCAAAGUACCGGGCGUCGAAUACAAUAUAACUGAUCUCAAAAUCGCUGAAGAAACCGACAAAAUGUUGAACCAAGAAAUGAAAGCUCGUCUGAGUCGCCGCGACGACUUUAAUGAGAAAAUGGAGCGUUCGAAACGAACGUCCUCCAAAGAAACCGUCGAAGACAAGAGGGAAUCAUUCAGUUUGAACCACGAUAAGUCUAAGCGACCCGCCUCCGUUCAGAGACUCGUCGACCCGUUCUCGACAAAAGCAUUUAUUAAUAACGAGCUCUCUAACAUAGCUCAGGAGGAGAACUUGUCGCCCACUCUAGAGAUCUCGGACGAAGAACCCCCGAUCAGAGCGCAUCGCAUGAAGAGCGUUCACAGCGACUACAUGUUCCACAGCGGAAGCAUGCCUAAAAACAUCCCUUAUUUUAAUCACAGUGUAGUUAUGUCGGCAUCAGUGUCGCCUCCUAAGAACAUCCUGCAUCAGAGUUCCGAAAACGUGAAGCACAUACACCGAUCUUCCGACCAUGUCUGCGAGCUCCGCGAUAAGCACGAGAAACGCGAGAAAGCUCACCGCGCCUCUAAGACUGAAGAGGCCUACGUGAACUCAGGACUUCGAUCGCUCGGCGACGAGUACGUGGAGACCAGAAGCAGCAUUGGCAAGUCGCACAGCUUCCGUUACGCUUCGGAAUCUCCGUCGAUCAGCUCUCAGGAGAGCCAGAUGCCGAGUCUACCGGCUAUCGUCGGUAUAUCCGAGCCCUUGCUCGAAAGUUGGGAGGUUAACUACAGGAGAAACGUGAGCGAGCGACACGAUUAUACUAAAAGAGUAUCCGCUAGGAACUAUAGCAUAAUCCAUGGAACCGCCGAGGCUAACUAUGACAGUUUACCCAGCACGGACAGUAGUUAUAUGGACAGCCUCAAAACUGACAUGCACGAUGACAAGAAGCUCUUCUCGAGCAGCAUCCAAAUAGGCAUGGACAGCCAUAAGAGAGACAGUGACAUUUCUCAGAUAGAGGCUAAAAUCGAUGAUAUUAUAAGUUCGCCAAAGCCAAUUUUGGCACCGAUACUCAAAUCUAGCUCUUUAGAUAGUGUUAAGAGUAGCCCUGAAAAGCAGGUAGAGGAUAGAAGGAAAACUAUUUCAGUAGAAAGCGCUUUGAGUCAAGGGGGAAGAAUCAGUAAUAAUAUGAUUCAGAAAGAAAAGCAGGAGGCGGAGAACUAUAUAUCUGUAACUAUGAUUAACAAAGAAAAUACUCCAAUCCAGAUCAAAACGGAUGCUCCAAAAAUGAAGAAAAGUGACGAAAAACUUCAACAAUCAGGUACCACUAAACCUGGAGUGCCAGAAUUUCUCAACAUACAACUAAACAGAGUUGACGUAAAACCUACAACUAAUGUAGUGCUGACGGCUAAUAUAACGCCAAAGAAAAUUGAUAGUCCACAAGUCGAAAAAGAGAUUGAAUCAUUCGAAGUAAUCGAAAGCAAGAGUCAAAGGAAUUCAGUCGUCAGCAAAGUCGAGAGCGUGAGCGAAAAUACUCAAACAGAAUUAAAGAGUUCUCCAACAGUCGUUAAAAAGGCUACUUCCCAACCGCCUCUUACACCGCAAAGUCCUUCAACUCCGAAAGCAUUUUUCAAACGCAAAUCAACGAGCGUCGAGAUGCAAGACGGACCGGAGAAACCAAGGACUAAUUCAUUAAGCACUGACGGUAGUACGGAGAAAAUUUACGACAACAUAUCUAUGGAUCGGAAAUCACAUUCCAGCUUUGGAAGUAAAAGCUCCAUUCAAAGCACAGACAGCAACGACAUCAGAACACCAGACAGAAAUGAAGAAACCGUCGUAUACAGAAAAAAACCCGUCAUCUUGUCCAAAGAACUCCGCACUAGCGAACGCAGAAACGACGACGAACCUGAACUUAUGAAAGUAUUCGCUAGACGCUCUCUAAAACUAAAGGAUUGCGAAGCCGAAACUCUUGCCCAAGAAAUAGCGGAAGGUCACGACAAUGCGCACAGAUCCAAGCUCCACAAAAACGAGUUCAACGCGUCCAUCAAAUCUAGAGACAGCGAUAAAGAAAACGAUGACACAUCAUCGAAAACCAAUGAAGAGAACAGGAUGGUAGAUAUCGCCGCUCGCGUCAGCCAGUUUGGUGUCCCACAUUAUCAAAGAAGCGUCAGCAUUAACAGCGUAUCGAAUGCUAAAAGAGAAAGCGCUCCUGUAUACAAAAGCGAAGCAAACAAAUAUAAAAAAGAAGUAUCCGACUCGACACCAGAAAAGAGAUUAAGAAAUAGAACAUUCCCGGAUCCCUCCAACGAUAGGGAAGACAUCAAAAACAUAACGAAAUCAGAAGCCAUGGCGUAUAAAGCGGAUACUUUGACUAAACGCCCGUGGCAAAGGAAAGAUGAUGAUAAGAGGCAUUUAUCAGUCGAGAAGGAAAAGCGAGAGAGUGCUGUGAUAGAAAAGGAGGGAGAAGGUGAGAAAGAGAAGGAAGUGGGAGGGGGAGGUGGGGAGGCGGACGCGUCGCCGCAGUUCAAGGGGAUCCUGCAGAUGCGCGCCGAGUGGGAGCGCCGCGCCAAGCAGGGGAUGACCAAAUAAAUGGUGCUAGUUGAAAGAGUCCACAGCGGACGGACGUCAUGACCGCAUUACAUAUUAUUAAAUUAACAUAGAGAUUACAAUAUAGCUUAGAUGACAUCGGCAAAUUAAUGUUAUUCGUACUAGAAAUUUAUCCAACGUUGUUAUGACAAUGUAUUUUUGAGUGUUAUUGCAAUGAAAUAGCUAAUAGUUCUAUUUUAUUAAAAAAUACUAUUGUGUAUUAAACAUUUCAGAACUGUGAAAUACAAAUUUUAUUCCUAUAGUUUC